UAAACUGUGGCUAGCUUGGUUUGGCUCGGUUGUUCAGUCUGAAGUUGACGAGUGUCACUGGAACGCGGUGUGUGGACAUUGGAACAUUGACGUCCCGGCGGUUUAAACACGGGAAUAUGCCAGCGUGUUAAAGUUCAAGUUAAAGUUAAAACCCGACUCUCGGCGGAGAGUUCGUCCGAAGUCGUCGCUUUUCCCCACCUCCUCCCGCUGAGCUGUUGAGACCGAGGGAGGCACAACUUGAGCCCGGGUAGCAGGCGCAGUCAGAGCGGGGAGACGGCGCUCACAGAGCCGGCCGAGGAAAAACAGGUUUAACGACGUCUCCGCGCCGGGACUGGUCGUGUUAACUGAAGCACCAUGUUGAGGCUGUGUCUCCACAGAGUCCGCUCUCCCGCUCUGCUGCAGUUACCGUCGGGACUGAGGCGGACUCCGCCACCGGAGCUCCCGCUCCCUCUGCUACUGCUGCUGCCGCCGCCCGGGACAGCGCCUCACGUGCCCCGCCGUGGGAUGGGCACACACGGGAGGAACGAGCCGAGGGAGCCGCUCAACUCCCCGAAGAGAGCCAAGGAGUUCAUCUACCGGCUCCAUUCCAACGAGAGGACGUGUCUGCUGAAGGAGCUGCAGAGCUUCGAGUCCAUGGCCAUCGCUCAAGAGACCCUGGAGCCCUCACCACCGACUGCAGGACAGAUCAGAUACGUUUUGUUUCACAACGCCCUCCCCUUUGUUGGAUUCGGUUUCCUUGACAACGCCAUCAUGAUCGCAGCAGGAACACAGAUCGAGUUGUCUAUCGGAGUCACUCUGGGAAUCUCCACCAUGGCCGCUGCUGCUCUGGGGAACCUGGUGUCAGAUUUGGCCGGUCUCGGUCUGGCAGGUUACGUCGAGGCUCUGGCGUCUAAACUGGGGAUGCAGGGUCCAGAUCUGACGCCCAAACAGGCCGACAUGUGGCAGACCAGAGUCAGCUCUCACAUGGGCAAAGCCAUCGGCGUGUCCAUCGGAUGCAUUCUGGGAAUGUUCCCGCUGUUUUUUCUGGACGACGACAAGGACGGCGACAAAGAAGCACAAGCCUGCGCCGACGCAGAGUCGCCAAACUCCUCCUGACGUCGUGGUCUGUGGUCCACACUGAUACAGCCGACCUCUUUAUGAUCAAGUAUUCAUGCUCUGACAAAUCUGAUGACCACGUUCAGUGUGUGAGAGAGAGAGAGAGGUCUCACUCUGAUUCAAAUCCAUUUCUCCGCUCUCUUUCCUCUCAGAUUCCUCACGUCAGCAGCACUCGGUAUCGAUCCGCUCGCUUCUCGUAGCAAUAAAGUUUACCAUCAGCGCCACGGUGAGUGCUUUGAAGAGACGUCGUCUCUGCUGCAGGUAAAUUCAGCAGCGCUUGUGUUUCUACGGUGGCAUGCUGCACAUGGAUGUAGCUCGUUAGCAUGAGCUGCUAAAUCAGAACUGGGUCACAGCUGGACACAGGUGCUUAUUUAUUUCCCAUCAUGCCGCAGGAGACGCAGACACCGUUAGAAACAAACUAUUUUAGGUUUUUAUGUUUAUUUACGUCUCAAUGACCAGAUCGUGAGUGAAAAGUGGGCGUGGUCUUCUUCCAUUUUCAGGACGAAGCUAACCAGAAAGUGCGAACAUGUAGUUAGCCACCAGGGGGCGACUCUAUAUGUGUGUGUUACCUACCGUUUAUAUGUGUGUGUAUAUAAAAAAAAUCAGUAUUGGCCCAAGCAUUCAGAAAACAGAAUAUUUAUGUUUAAGAAGCUAAAAAAUCUGAAAAACAAAGUAAGAGUCCGUUUACCGGUAACUUCAGAAACUUUUUUUCAAAAAGUGACGCAGCGGCGGCAAAAAUUUAGCUAAUUUCUGCUUGUGUGUUUUCUGUGAACGGAAGACGACAUCCAUUUUUCAUCACGGUCCACAAACACUAACAAGUCCAUUUGUGAUGUAAAUAAAGUCAAUUAUUAUAUUUAACAUAUUAUAUAUCAGAUAUCGGCAAAGCGUCCUAUAUUAUGCAUCCGUACUUUGUCAUACGUUGCAAAGAUAACCCGAAAUAUUCACAUUUAAGAAGCUGAAAGAAACAAAAAACACUUCCAUCUGAUUCAUUAAUAAUGGAUGAAUCGUUGUAGUGAUUCAUGUUCAAAAGACGAUAGCGUUCUUUCUCUUUUUCCAGAAACUCUUUGUGUCUGAAACUUUAAACAAACAAUUUAAAUGAAAAUAAUAAAAAAAAUAAAACAUUUUAGAACCGGGAGAGAACUGAACAAUCUCGUUAUUUCUGCACCAACAAAUAUUAAUUAUGUUCUGUAUGUGUUGAAGUUAAGUUUUUACACUAAUGUUUUUGAUUUUAUUGUUUGGAUAAUUCAUUAAUGAAUUAAGAUUCUGUUUUUUUUUCUCAAUCAUCUCGUGUUUAAAUUAUGUUUUUGCGUCGUUUUCAUUGUCGGAGCGAAAGUUUUUUCAAAGCAUGCGAUCAAAGUGUUUGAUGCUGUUGUGCUGCCACCUUGUGGUCAGUGUGAGCACCAGCAGCUAAGAGUGUGUGUGUGUGUGUGUAACACAAAGAUUCGUGUUUGUAUUUUUGCGACAUUAAAUGUGAUUCAAACUACAAUUAUAAUUAAAAUGUGGGCGUGUCACAAUGAUAUGGUUAUUUGUAUAUGCAAAUGAGUCUGUGUGAUUCCCGCCAGUCAUUGGACCGGACAUGUAGGGGGGGCGGAGUUUGCGCAUCCCAGAGCCUCCAUUCAUUCCACUCCCAAACAAAGUCACAGCGCCCACUAUGUGAUGGUGAGUGGCAUUUAAUUUGUUAUUUUAUUAAAAGUUAUUUUUCAAACGGGUUCACAGUUUAGAUCAUUUUCUUUGGUUUUGUUUCCCUCCAAAUAUCGGAUAUCGGCGUAAUUGUGUUUUUGACAAAUUAUUAUCCAACAUUGUAUGGCCAUAAAAUAUUCACGUUAAAAAAGAAGAAUCUGAAAAAAACACUGUUAAUCGAUAAAUUGCUGUGGCACUAAUAAAUAAAUAAAAGACAAACUAAACCUACUGUGUCUGAUAGUUUGUCGGAGAAGUUUUUCAAAACGCCAAAAUCGCAGGUUUCGAGGUUUCGAAGUCUUCACUUUGAAACCCCACAAUUGGUUAAUUUUGGAAACUAAAACUUAAACGAACGAUGAUUAUUAAAUUAUUUAAAAUGAUCAAAAUCAUCUCCGACACAUUUCUUUUUUUUUUAUGGAACAUAUUUGAAAUGUUAGCAAAAAUGCCAGUAUUUUUGCUAACUGCAGUUUUUGUAAAACGUGUUUAUAUCUGUUGCCCAUGUUUGACCCUGACGGGAUUUGAACACACAUCCUUCACAUAUAGGCCAACAGAGGUUUGUUGCGUGAAUGGGGUGAAGUCUGCCAUCUCUGAUUGCCUCGUUUCUGAUGUUUUUGUAAUGUUAAAUUUUGUUAAAUUUGUACAUUUUUUGUAGCGUUAGUAACACGUUUUGUUACAUUCUAAUGUGACGUUUUUGUCUAAUAUUUAGUUGUUGUAAUGUUACAGUUUUAACAUUUUUGUGAGUCAUUUUUUAUAACAUCAAGUUUUAAACCAAAACAUUUUAAAGAUUUUUUUUUAAAUCCUCA